AUGGUGGGCAACGUGGCGUACGUGCAGCUCUCAGGUCCUUCAUCCUCUGCGACACUAGGUAUAUACGCAGGCAUGUCACCGCAAGAGUUAAAGCAAUUAGUUCGUGCGGCUUUGAGCCAUAAUGAUGGUGUCUGUGCUGGAUUUUUGGUAGCACAAGAAGAUGUGAACCGGCGUUUAUGCCGGAAAAAGUGUCAUUUUAACUCAAAUCAGCGCCUUAUACCACUCUCUCUAGCUUGUAAAGCGCCAGAACUACUUACAGGCCGAGUUACUGCUUUGUUUGCACCGCCUAAAGCUCAUCAACGCCUCAAAGAGUCCGAGAAUGCUGCAGAGGCCUCUAACGACUUGAACAGGCUCCACAGACUGUUACAGGGGCUUGAGAGCGAGCAAAAUUUCAGCAAAUUUGAGACAGCUAUGCUUUACGAUCUAUGCGAGCAGCAGAGUGCGUAUAUUCUUGAUAUAAUGUCCAGAAAUACGUCUGUCGAUCAGAAAAAGCGCUUUCUGCUGCGUCUGCUGCAUCCCGAUAACUCAUGUGAGCUUCGAAACGAGUUUAAUUAUCUAAGAAAAACAGCGCAGAACGAUCCGAGCGAGAAUUUACUGCAAACCGAAUUGAUAGCCCAAAAAAUCGCAGCUAUUGGCUCAAAAGUCUCUAGUCAUGAAUUCCAGCUGCAAAUGGAAGGAAUAAGUCAGGAGAAUUGGUGUAUAGAUUCUGAUCAAGUUGGAGAUACAAUGAAGUUGCUUUCUUUGGUAGAAAAACUUCUGGACAAGCACGUACUGCCUGAGGAAAAUGGCGUAUAUUUGUUAAAGCUUGUUCUGUACCAAAAUCCAGUGCUUUGGAGUGCAUUUUACCGCUACAAAAACGGUGGAUGCAGUUUGUUGGACUUGGAGACGACCGCGAAGAGAUUAGCAGCUAUGGAAUCUAUUCCGCCCAAACCAGUUAGCACGUCUAAAAGCAAAAAAUCACCCAAUGUGACGAAGAUGAAUAAUCAUUUAAUUGUAGUCGUAGAAUCUUUGUACGAGCAACGAAUGCUGACGGGACUGGAGUUGGAAAUUCUUCUGGCACUUUUGGCUCAGCAUGAUUCGCAAGUGCAACAGAUUAUUCGAGACUUUCAGUCAAGUGAGGAUCAGGAUUUCGGUGCAUUGCGAGACUCAUUGGUCGGUGUUGUGAAGGAAUUGACGAUGGAAUUAGGUGACGAAGAGAAGGCACCAUUGACGUUUGCUUUUGGUUCGGAUGAUGCACUUCGAGAGGCGGACGAAUUGCCUGAAGAUAGCGACAUAAAUGACAAUGACAUGCAAGGAUGGCAACGACAUUUGACGUUUUUAGUGAAACAAUGGCAAGCAUGUAAUGAGUUGACCGAUGUUGCGGCGCAAACGUUGCAAAAUAUGUUGAUGCAACGUCACAAUUUAUUAGAAAGUGCGUACGAAGUCUUUGCUACAGACGCGGACGCAUAUGAGCUCCUGGAUACGUUGCAACGAGUUGCCAAAAUGCAACACCAGAUCGAACAGACUGGUCAAAAAGUUUCUGAUAGUGCAGCUCAAAGAGAACUCAGUCUGGAAGAUGUUGUGAAACGAAUGCAGCUUCAAGGACUUAUUCUUUCGGAGGAUGCCUCGGGCCUUUUGGGCCUGCUUUAUGGCGGGAAUGAAGCGUUACAAGCUGCAAAUGAAGCGUUUCAGGCGGACAACGAUGUCCACGAGCUAGAAGAAACGUUGAUGCUUGUGGUAAAACAUGCCCGCUUCAACCGCAAUUUACAGAAAAAUAAAGUUGUAGACGAAGUUGAACACGGGUCUUGCCUAUUGGCCGAACUUGGGAGAUCUGGACGCUUGAACUUGUGGCAGAUUCAGGUUUUGAUCUCGCUGUUAAAACGUGACGAUCCUCGUUUACUGGCUGCAAUGGAUUUGCACGACGAAGAUAAGAAUCUGGAGGAAUUGAUUGAAACAUUGUCAAUUUUGGCCCAUUUGGCCUCGAGAGAACAGCAUGUUCAUGAUAUGGUGUAUGCUUGGAUCACUUCUUUCAACCGUGACGAUAUUCUAACUCAAACACAAGCAAAGCGGCUGAUAGAGUUAGUAGAAGUGCGAGACCAUCGUCUCUUUUCAGCUUUCGUUAUGUUUUUAAACGAUGAUAACAAAGACGAAUUUGUGAGCUCAUUGAGACGCAUUGCAAAUUUAAAUUUGCAAGAGGAAUGGACUGAAGACAAUGCUGUUUUGGCGCUGUUAAAGGAUUGUGAAGAGCAACUUUUUCUGUCACACGAAGAGCGAGAACAGGUGGAAGCGCUGAUGUGCAAUGGCGAAACGAGAUUGCUGGCAGCGAUAGAUGUACUCGCAGAAACAAAAGACACAGAGGAUUUUGCAGACACUGCUCGUCGCAUUUUGGCAAAGUUGAAAGAGGAAAAUGAGAUGGCAAAGUUUUCGUUGAAAGAUCUUUCCAACAGCUCAGAGAUUGUUCGGGAAAAAAAUGUUGCACUUGAUCAAAAUGUAAAGGACGAGGCAAAGGAUGAGGUAGCAAAUUGUUCGGUAGUCGCAGAAUGUGAUUCAUGUCAAGACAAGCAAGAGCUACAAGAAGAAAUGGACAAUACUGAUGAUCAAGUAGCCGACGUUGUGAUGGCUGGUAACUAG